AUGAGUUUGACUCCAGACGCCAACACCAACUCAGUGGAAGAUAAUGAGAAGGACGCUUGGGACACCGCUCUUGAAAAAGGAGGAUGUGUCGAAGAGCAUUUAAGGCUUAAUGAUUGUUAUUGGGAUAAACAUGAUUGGAGAAAAUGCUCAAAAGAGAUGAAUGAGUUUAGAAAGUGUUGGGAAAGUAGACAUGGGCCACUUACAAGCUGCCCUAUCAAUAUGAAUUCAGAAAAAAAGAAAUAA